AUGGACCCUGUGGGGGCAGUAUGGUCGCCUGGUCUGGCUGGAUGCCUGCUCCCCGCAGACCCCUCAGCGCACCCAGGCCCUCUGACUCACCUAAGCCUGCCGGACAGCUCGGAGGCGCGGCCGCAGAGCGGAGCCGACGGGCGGAGCCUCCCGGACAGUUGGACCAGGUCAUCCCCAGAGCCCGCCGCGGUCCUGAGGGAAGGUGUGCGCCAGUGCCUACAGCAACAGUGCGAGCAGACGGUGCGGAUCCUGCACGCCAAGGUGGCCCAGAAAUCAUAUGGAAAUGAGAAGCGGUUCUUCUGCCCCCCGCCCUGUGUCUACCUCGCAGGUCCCGGAUGGAGGGUGAAGCCAGUGCAGGGCCAAGCCCACCAGGCAGGGGAGACCGGGCCCAUCGUCUGCGGUUACAUGGGACUGGACGGCGCGUCCGGCAGCGCUGCCGAGACGCAGAAGUUGAAUUUCGAAGAGCAGCCGGACUCCAGGGAAUUCGGUUGCGCCAAGACCCUGUACAUCUCGGACGCAGACAAGAGGAAGCACUUCCGGCUGGUGCUGCGGCUAGUGCUCCGAGGGGGGCGGGAGCUGGGCACUUUCCACAGCCGCCUCAUCAAGGUCAUCUCCAAGCCCUCGCAGAAGAAGCAGUUGCUGAAAAACACCGACCUGUGCAUAUCCUCGGGCUCAAAGGUCUCCCUCUUCAACCGCCUGCGCUCCCAGACGGUCUCCACGCGCUACCUCUCUGUGGAGGAUGGGGACUUCGUGGCCAGUGCGCGCCAGUGGGCUGCCUUCACUCUCCACCUGGCUGAUGAACACUGUUCCCAGGGAGACUUCCCGCCUCGAGAGGGCUAUGUCCACUACGGCUCCCUGGUGCAGCUGAUCUGCACGGUCACGGGCAUCACACUACCUCCAAUGAUCAUCCGCAAAGUAGCUAAACAGUGUGCACUCCUCGACGUGGAUGAGCCCAUCUCCCAGCUGCACAAGUGUGCAUUCCAGUUCCCAGGUGGUCCUCCAGGAGGAGGUGGCACCUACUUAUGUCUCGCCACAGAGAAGGUGGUGCAGUUUCAGGCCUCCCCCUGCCCCAAGGAGGCGAACAAGGCAGUGCUCAAUGACAGCUCUUGCUGGACCAUCAUCGGCACCGAGUCAGUGGAAUUCUCCUUCAGCACCAGCCUGGCGUGUACCCGGGAGCCUGUCACUCCGGUGCCCCUCAUCAGCACCCUGGAGGUGAAUCGCGCGCUGGGGGACGCUGGCGGGCGUGGAUACCGACCGCGCUGGAGGGUGGGAGUGCAGGUGAGGGAGGGCUGCGGGCUCUCGGCCACCGCUUCUCCCACACCCCCUGGUCUCAUCCUCCCCCAGCUGAGUGGCGGGGGCGAUGUGGCAACACUGGAGCUCCACGGUGAAAACCUCCACGCGGGGCUCAAGGUUUGGUUCGGGGAAGUGGAGGCCGAAACCAUGUACAGGAGCCCGCGGUCCCUAGUGUGCGUGGUACCAGACAUAGCCGCCUUCGGCAGCGACUGGCGCUGGCUGCGCACACCCAUCACAGUGCCCGUGAGCCUCGUGCGUGCCGACGGCCUCUUCUACCCCAGCGCCUUCUCCUUCACCUACACCCCGGAGUACAGCGUGCGGUCCGGGCCUCCGGGUGCCUCUGCGCCCGCCGCCGACGCCGAUGCGCUCCUGGAGAGCAUCCAUCACGAGUUUACACGCACCAACUUCCACCUCUUCAUCCAGACGUAGCAGGCGCGGGCUGGACGCGGGGCCUGAUCCCCGGCCGGUUUGCUGGGUCCUGGGCCCUGCCCUCUGCCCCUGUGCUGCGGAAUUGAAGGCUGCAGCCCGAGCAGCAGAAGCCUCUCGCCCUAGAAACCCGUCCCUGUGGGUCUAACACGGGUCCCUCGCUCAUCCUUUUCCAGCUAGGAAGACAUGACCUGAGUGACGCUCCCUUUGUGUCCAGUCAGGAGUGUGGCUUUCCCUGUCUUUGUUUCUGGUUCACUCUCUAAAUCAAUCACACACUCUCCCUCCCUCAGGAACUUUGUAAAUCUCUCUUAUUUGUGCAUCCCUAUCCCUCCACCUUUGUCUUUCUCCAUCUCUCUAUGUGUCUUGCAUACAGUUCCACACACUCUGAAAAGUGUGUGAAAUUCCAAGCCCAGAGCAUUUCCCCUCCCAGCAGCUGUGUCUCCCCUAGAAGAGGAAAUCCAGAGUUUCACACAUCCGGGCAAGGGGCAAUGGACUGCUGAGGCGUGGCCUGCUUGCCCUGAUGUACCAGGUCUUACGUGGAACACUGGAUCCCACUCAGAGCACUGAGUCCCUUCUGGAGCAUGGGACCCCUGCCCUGGAGUACUGGGUUUCAGCCUGCAGUACAAAGCCCUAACCCUCCUUAUUCUUCCUAUGGCUGGAGCCAGGCACAGUACCCAUGCGGGCUGUUUGGUCUCUGGUCCACAACUUUGGUGGCUGGUUAGAUCCCUGGUGUGGUGGUCAGGUCUUGCCAUCUAAACUGUCUACCCAGGCAUUUCUCUCACAGGCCCAGUAAAAUGCAGUCCUGAGGGUCAGAGAUUGCUCUGCUGUCCUAUCCAAGGCAGAGUCUGAUCUGUAUGACCCACCUCCACACAGAGGGAGGUGCCCCAGUGUACUUCGCCCCCCGUACACACAGAGGAAAGGACCACACGUGCGAUGGAGAAGAUAGCUUACAUUUGUGACCCUUUCUGGAGGAGGAAUGGGGGUUCAGAAGCAGCCAGCAUCCCUGAGUCCCUGUCCCUGCCCUGGGGACCACCUGUUGCCUCUGGGGAUAAGUUACCCUACUAACUAUCCCUCCACCUCAAGCAGAGUGGCACCCCAGGCCCAGGGGCAACCACAGGACACAAAACAAAACUUUCCGAAGACAACUCCAGGCAGAACUCCUGGGAUCAACUGGGCGAUAAGCCAGCCAAGAAAGUAGCUUCUUUGCCUGGAGCCCAGGGACCAAAUCAAAAUUCAUCCCUGCCCAGCCUUCCCACCCUCUGCCAAGUCCACGCUCUACAGGGAGGGUCCUGGGUCGGGCUUUUGGAACAAUGAGGCAGAUCUCAGAGGUGCCAGCGACUUGUACCAGCCCCUGGGGGUGCCGAAUGGGGAGAACUGGUCUGAAAUGUGGGUUGAGAGCUCCCACCCGUCUGGGUCUUCCUUUGAACUCUAAGUUCAUUUCCUGUGACACUCUUCCCCUAGAACAUGGAAACCCCCGUGAAAAAGAAGCAGCUGACAUUUCCCAAGGGGGCGAAAUGGGCUUUGCUCUUAGGCUCCCCAAAGUCUUGGCUAAGUUCUGUCCUCUGCCAUCAGCAAGCUGAAACCCAUAAUGAUGGGAAAAGAGAAGCUUGUUCAAAGCCUGGCGUGGCCCCGAGAGUAGAUCCUGGCUGAGGAACGCAGAGAGCAAAUUGAUAGGAAAUGUCCUCGACAUGAGUGCCUGCCCGAGGAGAGUUUGAGCUCACUGCCCCGUGAAGAUGUUGAAGCAGGAAGCCACUUGUAAAGAGGCUAAGAGGAGUUUCAUAGCACAUCACACGGGGAGUUAGGGCUCAAGGGCCUUUCCAGCCCUGCCCUCAAGAACUUCCUCUACCACUCCACAAGGCAGGAGUCCUAGAAGCCAAGGACCUAGGUUGACCUGAAAGGCCAGGCCCAGCCAUGCAGCUCUGUCUUUUUUUGCACUCCCCUCAGGGCACCCCAGGACCCUUGGUUCCACCUACGCACCCACCUGAAAGUCUGUGGCCUCAGAGCUCCAACCCUGGCCUGUCUUCUGAGUUCCAGCUGCUGGACUGUCCUUGGACGUCUUCCGGGCUGCGAGCCUGAAUCCAUCUAACAUCAAACGCCCCUCUCUCUCUCCUUCCCUUUGGUAGAAUAGGUUUCUUCCUCUACUCCACUGCUGCCCUGUUCUCCAAACUCAGCUCACAGAGUAACUUCUUCAAGAUUUCCACAAGGCAAGACUGGCUACAUAACUUGUAGGACCCAGGGCAAAAUGAAAAUAUAUGGCCCCUUGUUCAAACAUUAUUAAGAAUUUCAAGACAGCGAUAGCAGAGCAUGAAAUCAAGGCAGGGCCCUGCUCAGCACAGGGCCUUGUGUGACUUUCAAGGUCACAAGCCCACGAAGCUGGCCCUGGCCCCAGACUUUCCAUCUCUUUUUCCCAUAGAAUCCCACUGGGACCAUGUACUGCCC